AUGCUCGUCCGUCCAUUCUUAGCGGCGCUGCGUCGCCCGCUGUCAUCCUCACGAGCGCUCCAGUCGUCCUCCAGAGCUCUUCAAGCGUCACGUUUGUAUCCUGCCAUUACUGCUGCUGCUGCUGCCACUGCUUUUCCUGCUUCUUAUCCUGAAAACAGUCCUCUGCUGACCGUUUUCGAGCACGCGAUUCUCGAGCGCCGUCCGUCACUAGCGCUGCGGCAGUUGGCGCAACUCCAGUCACCUCCGAGUUCUCAGUUGCUGCAGAAACUGGUCGUGCUGCUGGCUCGACAGCGAACGAGCAGGAGUCAUGCAGCACGUGCUCAUGAGAUACUGUGUGGAGUAUACCGUACGCCCGGGUUGAAUCCUGAUGACUAUACGAAACUAGCGUCCAUCUACGUCAUGGACGCGUGUUUGCGCUUCCGGAUGCUGGAUGCAGCCAUCGAGCUGUAUGACGAGGCCGUGAACCAAGCGGUAGUGCUGGACUUGCCGGCGUAUGACGGACUGAUAUCAGCGCUAAUAGAGGCCAAGAGACUCGAAGAAGCAAUGGAGAUACUGAAGGAACUUGUCGAUGGGAGAGAUGUGUGUCCUAGUGAGCAGACAGUGUUGCCGGUGCUAGUAGAGCUGAUUCAGAAUCGUGAAUACGGCAGUGCGAUCGACAUCAUGAAGCAGGGACAGAGUCGUGGUAUUGAGUUUAGCAGUGAGACGUUUCAUCCUUUGCUGUUGCUGGCGGAGAAAGAUACGGCCUCAACGGAUGCGCUGGUCAUGUUUCUGACUUUCAUUGAAGAUUUGUGGGAUGAGUACAAGGCUUUUGUUGACUAUGACUCUGAGGAAGAAGACGAGGUGGACGACUUGGAAGAGUAA